AUGGGAUUCCUCGGACAGUUUUUUGUAGCUGUGAUUUCAUUCUCGCUGUUUUUGAAUAUAGCCGCUGCCGAGGAAACAAAAUCCUCAGAAAGUUGUGGUUUUCCAGCCAUAUUCAACUUUGGUGACUCCAACUCAGAUACUGGAUGCAUGUCGGCAGCAUUUUACCCAGCAGCUUUGCCCUAUGGUCAGACCUUUUUUCAUGAGGCUGUUGGGAGAGCUUCUGACGGUCGCCUUAUCAUAGAUUUCCUUGCGAAGCAUCUAGGUUUGCAGUACUUGAGUGCUUACAUGGAUUCAAUUGGAACAAGCUAUGAGCAGGGUGCAAACUUUGGCGCAGCAUCAUCAACCAUUAGGAAGCAAAACAGAACAUUCUUUGAUGGUGGUAGUCCUUUCAGUCUUCAAAUUCAGGUCGCACAGUUUAUCCAAUUUAAGACACGCACUGCCAAGCUCUACAAGCGAGGACAGGGAAAUUCCUUCCCAAGGCCAGAGGACUUUGCGAAAGCCAUCUACACAUUCGAUAUUGGGCAAAAUGACAUUGCUGCUGCUCUUCAAAGAAUGGGACAGGAAAAUUCUGAAGCAGUGAUCUCAGACAUGGUCGACCAAUUUUCAAACCAGCUUAUAUAUUUAUACAGUCAAGGAGCGAGAACAUUCUGGAUCCAUAACACAGGUCCCAUAGGUUGCCUACCAGUUGCCAUGCCCAUACACAAUGCCUACAAUUAUACUCCAGUGGAUGGAUAUCUUGAUCAAAACGGCUGUGUCGUGUAUCAAAACGACAUGGCCAAAGAGUUCAACACAAAGCUCAAUGAUACAGUGGUCAAACUGAGGGCACUGUACCUCGAUGCUUCAUUUGUGUAUGUGGACGUUUUCUCUGCUAAGUAUGAGCUGAUCAGCAAUGCUAAGAAAGAAGGAUUUGUUGACCCAUCUGAAAUCUGUUGUGGGUAUCAUGAGGGUGGCAAUCACUUUUUCUGUGGAGAUUUCAAUGUCACCAUUAAUGGUGGACAGAUUCAUGUUGGCUCGUGUCAAGAUCCUUCUUCACACAUUAGCUGGGAUGGCGUGCACUACACUGACGCAGCAAAUGGCUGGAUCGCAAAUCGCAUUAUCACUGGAUCAUUCUCGGAUCCACCACUUCCUAUUACACGUUCAUGCUUGUUAGCUUAGUAGCCAUUUCGGGACCAUCAUGCCAGCACUUAACUUCU